AUGUCGCAAGGCGUCGUGAUGGGUUCCACACACAAGUACAGUGUGAUCCUCCCCACUUAUAAUGAAAGGCACAAUCUCCCUAUUAUUGUGUUUCUCUUAUGUCGUAUGUUCCAAGCGCACAAUCUGGACUAUGAGAUCGUCAUUGUAGACGACAACUCGCCUGACGGCACACAGGACAUCGCGCGGCAGCUGGCGGCGCUGUACGGCCCUGAACGCAUCGUGCUGCGCCCGCGCGCUGGCAAACUGGGUUUGGGAACAGCCUACAUUCAUGGCCUGGAGGCUUGUACGGGCGACUUUGUGAUUAUCAUGGAUGCAGACUUUUCGCACCACCCCAAAUUUAUUCCCAAUAUGAUCACCAAGCAGCUGAACACGAAUGCCGAUAUCGUGCAGGGCACUCGGUAUUCGGGACCAGCAACGGGAGCGGGUGUUUACGGCUGGGAUUUGAAGCGCAAGCUCGUCAGUCGCGGUGCCAAUGUGCUUGCGACGUUUGUAUUGGAUCCGCGCACGACAGACGUAACGGGCAGUUUCCGCCUAUACAAGCGCCCUGUCAUCGAUACGCUCAUCCGUCAGGUGACGUCCAAGGGCUACGUCUUCCAGAUGGAAAUUCUCGUGCGGGCCAAGGCACUGCACUACAAGGUCGAGGAAGUGCCCAUCACAUUCUGCGAUCGAUUGUACGGAGAGAGCAAAUUGGGCGGCGACGAAAUCGUCGGUUAUGCCAAGGGUGUUUGGCAGUUGUUCACGGGCAUUUAA